GAUUUGUGAUUUACCUUAAAUAUGGCUGCUUUUAAUGAGCAAUUGUUGCAUGACAAAAUUCCAACUAUUUUUGAACUUAUAGCUGAAGACAGCAUGUCACAGGCUCUGAGACCGGCAAUAAGACAUGUGACUAAAAUUGUCAUUAGCAGUCUACCCAGCAUUAGCAGACUCUCACGUUACAUUGAUGAGAUAUGCUUGGUUAUUGAAGGUCUUGCUCAAGGAUUGUUCCUGUGGAGAUGCAAUGCUACAAUUAGUGAGAAAUUUUAUGAUCUUGAAAGAUACAGUUGUAAUGCAUACAAGAUGAGGCAAACUUUGAAAUCGUUAGCUAUAAUGCUCUUUGUGCCUUAUGCAUUGGCAAAAAUUGAAAAGUGGUACUUGCUUUUGUCUGAGGAGAGUGAGUUUGUCCCCUUAGAACAAUCACGUAGUAAUUUGAAGCAAUCCUUCAAGUAUUAUGGUUUUUCGUCCAUUCCUUACAUUUUUACAUUAUGGAGGGCAGUGAAGUUUAUAUUCCAGUUGUUGUAUUUGUGUCGCUACUCACUAUAUUAUUCACCUGAAUUGUUUAUGAGCAGAGUUCAGUUAGUUAGAAAAAUCGAACCUUUUACACCAGAUAAUGGUACAAAACAUACCAGUAAUGUUCUAAAAAAAGGAGUGCAAUAUGUUGGUCCGCUUUUUUUGUUUUUGCUUAAAUUUAUCGAGUGGUGGUAUUCUGGAGAAAGACAAGGAGCAGUCAAGAAAUUCAGAUCACUUCCAAAUCCGCAACCUCCACCACUCGCCACUCCAGAAAUUAAUCCAUAUACUUGUCCUCUCUGUCAAAAAGAGAGAAAGAACCCUACUGCUUUAUCAUGUUCAGGGUAUGUAUUCUGUUAUGUCUGUAUCUAUAAUCAUGUCAAAAAUCACCACACAUGCCCUGUUACUUUAUUUCCUGCUGUUGAAAACCAACUUAUACGAAUAUUUGUACAGAAUUAAAGACACAAAGAAACAAUAACUAUAUUGAUCAUGUACUAAAAAUUUUAGUAAAAUACUGUAAUAACUAUAAAUUAUAUUGCAUGAUUAAGACAAAAAUUUGUGCAUAUUAUGGGUAAUUUGCUUUACAUAGGCGG